AUGGGAUCUGUGGUGGUCAUCGAAAAUAUUAUGAGAUCAAUGACUCCUAAAUAUGACUAUGUGGUGUGCUCUAUUGAAGAGUUUAAUGAUCUCGACAUCUUGUCCAUCGAUGAACUCCAAAGUAGCUUGUUAAUGCACGAGCAGAGAAUAAACAGGCACACAGUGGAUGAACAAGUUCUGAAGGUGACUCAUGAAAUCCAGCGAGGUGGGAGAGGUAGACGCAGCGGUUUCAAAGAAGAUGACGAGAGAUGGUGGGAAUGCCCUAAGAAAGGGAAUGAUUCAAAAGGUUUCUACGUAGAGACAAGUGAAGAAAUGUUGUUGAUGGCUUAUAUGGAUAUCGAGGAAGCUGAUAGAGAGGAAUUAUGGUUCAUGAAUUCGAGAUGCAGGAACCAUAUGUGUGGCAAGAAGGUGAUAUUCACAUACCUUGAUGAAACCUUUAGGAAAUCUGUGAAGUUAGGGAACAAUUCAAGCUUGGCUGUGUUAGGGAAGGGAAAUGUUCAUAUAGAAGUUAAUGGGAUCAUGCAGGUCAUCACUGGGGUAUUUUAUUUGCCGGAUUUAAAGAACAACUUACUUAGCAUUAGGCAGCUGUAA